AUGUUUAUGAUGGACGCUAUGGAUGAUGAACACGUUAAACGGCCGAUGAACGCUUUUAUGGUUUGGUCUAGAGGCAAAAGGAAACGCAUUGCUACAGAAAAUCCAAAAAUGCACAAUUCUGCAAUCUCGAAACAAUUGGGACAUGAAUGGAAGCUUUUAAGUGAGGUGGACAAACGCCCUUUUAUUGAUGAAGCUAAGCGGUUGCGUCAAUUGCACAUGCAAGAACACCCCAAUUACAAAUAUCGCCCCCGUCGGAAGCCUCGCCAACAUCACCAACAACAACACAUGUUACAACAUCAUCAACACACUUGUCAUAAUUCCAAUAAUAUUAAAUGCCCCAUUCCAACAAAAACAACAACAAAUACUUCCCCUCAACAAUCUCAGAAACAUCCUCCCCCAUUCUUCACUACAACUCAACAAGUUUCUUCAGCACCUUUUGGGGGUGGAGAAAAGUCUGCUUCUUCAGCUUUUCCUUUGGCCCAAUUUCCUCAUUUACCAUUUAUUUUGCCCUCUACAUCCUCUCAAUCAACACAACAACAAAAUGCGCCUAUUACGGCCCCAUCUCAUUUACUGCCGAAUCUUCCUUUGUUGAUGAGUGGACUUCUACAGCAAUAUCAGCAACAACAGUUUUCCAAUGGAAAUUUACUCUCUCCACCUCCACCCUCAUUUCAUCCUCCUCAACCUUCCUUAAACUUAACUCCUAACUUUGGUGUGCCUGCCUCAUUUAAUAAUAAUGGUUGCAACAAAAUGCCCAUACCUACAAGUGCUUCAGGUUUUGGAGCAACCGAUCCAACGCAAUUACAACACCAAUUACAAAUGUUUAUGGCUGCUGCUUUGUUAUUGCAACAACAACAACAAUGA